UGUAUAUCAUUGUAGGUAUAUCAUCCAGACGCAAGGACAACUACUCAGAUUUAAAACACGUUAAAGAAGACGUUAACGUGCAGCCAUGCACUCUAUACAUAAACUGUUUUGUGCAAAAGAUGUGGUUCAUGAGAACACAUUAACAAAGGAAAUGACUUCUAGCUUGAAGACAGCGAAGACAGAUCAGUGCUUUCAGACAGAUCAGUGCUUUCAGACAGAUAAGUGCUUUCAGACGGAUCAGUGCUUUCAGACAGAUAAGUGCUUUCAGACAGAUCAGUGCUUUCAGUCAGAUAAGUGCUUUCAGACAGAUCAGUGCUUCCAUACACAUCAGUGCUUUCAGACAGAUCUGUGCUUACAGACAGAUCAGUGCUUUCAGACAGAUCAGUGCUUUCAGACAGAUCAGUGCUUUCAGACAGAUCAGUGCUUACAGACAGAUCAGAGCUUACAGACAGAUCAAUGCUUACUGACAGAUCAGAACUUACAGACAGAUCAGUGCUUACAGACAGAUCAGUGCUUACCGAUAGAUCAGAACUUACAGACAGAUCAGUGCUUACAGACAGAUCAGUGCUUACCAAUAGAUCAGAACUUACAGACAGAUCAGUGCUUACAGACAGAUCAGUGCUUACUGAUAGAUCAGUGCUUACAGACAGAUCAGAGCUUAGAGAAAGAUCAGUGCUUACUGCCACCUCUGGUGAAAGCUACCACACGCCACGGUCCACAGGCAUCCACUUCUGGAAAUGCUCAGAUGGAGCGCUUCCCUAAGCUCCCAGCUCCUGCUUUGCCCCCUGUCCUCAGAAGAGAACGAAGGUUGAUGCCAGCCCAGCAGGAGAGACUAGAGAGUAUAAUGGCUCAUCAGCCCAAUAUCAACACACUAUGCGGGUCUCGACGGGUGACUAAGUAUGCGGAGAACUUUGGUUCACCACAAGUUAUCCACUUACCUCCGGUGAAAACUUCACGCCAUUUUGCCUCGACCUUUCGGAGCAAACCUAACCUUCAUUUUGGAGACAAGCACCGACGCUCUGAAUACCAGGCCAGCUACGGUCCUACGAAUCGCACCAGACAUUUCAGCAUUCCUCUGUACCGACAACUCAAAGGAACACCUUAAAAAGAACUAGCCAGACGGAGUAGAUUUUACAGCAGGUUUACUCCAGGAGACAGUUCGAGGACACUGACAGGAAACCCCUCGACAAAAAAACCCAGCAAAACUAGUUCUUUUUAAAAAAAUGAACAAAUAAAAUAAAUGUGA